AUGUUGGUCGCUCUUUCCGGAGAUAUUGAAGUAAACCCUGGCUACCAUCAUGUUAAAGACCUUAAGGAUAUUAAAGGCUUAAAGAUAGCUCACUUAAAUGUGCAAAGUGUCAGGAAUAAGGUCGACUUACUUCGCCUUGAGGUAACUAAUGAUAAAGUGUUUGACAUUCUCACUUUAUCCGAAACCUGGCUGAAUGACUCUAUUUCGGACAUGGAAAUUCAAAUGCCUGGUUAUUGUGUUAUUCGUAAAGACAGAUCAGGAAAUAGGCUUGGUGGUGGCACGAUUGUUUACAUUCGUGACGGGUUGCCUUUUAGUAUUUGCAAUGACUUGAACACUGAUGAUAAUGAAUGCCUUUGGAUUCAAAUUUCUCGGCCCAAGUGCAAGCCUAUAUUUCUUUGUAGUGUUUAUAGACCACCGAACUCUGAUUUGGCGAGGUUUAUUUCCUCUAUGGAGAACAGUAUAGCAAAUAUUGGCCCCAAGAACUGUGAUAUAUUAUUGCUUGGUGAUUUUAACGUAGAUUUUACUCCG